UGCUGGCGCUACUGGAAGACUGCCUGUCAGAGUGCGCUGCCAAUGUCUCUCCCAACCUUUAGCCGGAUCUCCCUUUCACUUCCGGUCCCUUUCUUUUACGUUUCCGACAAAAACAUCAGUCUCUGUGGGCAGUUAGAAUCUUCAGUUCCUUUGAGCGUCGGCUUCCUCUGAGCCUGUGGCGUUACUUGGACUGGGGCCGCGGGGCUUCAGGACGGCGCCCUUAGCGACACCAUGGCCCGAAAUGCAGAAAAGGCCAUGACGGCCUUAGCAAGAUUUCGCCAGGCUCAGCUGGAAGAAGGAAAAGUGAAGGAACGAAGACCCUUUCUGGCCUCAGAAUGUACUGAGCUGCCCAAAGCUGAGAAAUGGAGACGACAGAUCAUUGGAGAGAUCUCUAAAAAGGUGGCUCAGAUUCAGAAUGCUGGUUUAGGUGAAUUUCGAAUUCGUGACCUGAAUGAUGAAAUUAACAAGUUGCUGCGGGAGAAAGGACACUGGGAGGUCCGGAUAAAGGAGCUGGGGGGUCCUGAUUACGGAAAAGUUGGCCCUAAAAUGCUGGAUCAUGAAGGAAAAGAAGUCCCAGGAAACCGAGGUUACAAGUACUUUGGAGCAGCGAAAGAUUUGCCUGGUGUUAGAGAGCUGUUUGAAAAAGAACCUCUUCCUCCUCCCAGAAAGACACGUGCUGAGCUCAUGAAGGCAAUCGAUUUUGAGUACUAUGGUUACCUAGAUGAAGACGAUGGUGUUAUUGUGCCUUUGGAACAGGAAUAUGAAAAGAAACUCAGAGUUGACUUAGUGGAAAAGUGGAAAGCAGAGAGAGAGGCUCGACUGGCAAGAGGAGAAAAGGAAGAGGAGGAAGAAGAGGAGGAAGAAAUCAACAUCUAUGCAGUCACCGAGGAGGAGUCGGACGAGGAAGGCAGCCAGGAGAAAGGAGGGGAUGACGGCCAGCAGAAGUUCAUUGCUCAUGUCCCCGUGCCCUCGCAGCAAGAGAUUGAGGAGGCACUGGUGCGAAGGAAGAAAAUGGAACUCCUCCAGAAGUAUGCAAGUGAGACCCUGCAGGCCCAGAGUGAAGAAGCCAGAAGGCUCCUGGGGUAUUAGAGCCCAGCUGGGGCUCUCCUUAGAGUUCUUCCAUCCCCCAGUAGCCCUGCAAGACCCAAGGCUGCAGACAGGCAGGCCGUUGCUGUGAGGCCUCCUGCCCUUUUCUCUGCCUUUCUUUCCUCUCCUUCUUUUUUUUUGAGACGGAGUUUCGCUGUUGUUACCCAGACUGGAGUGCAAUGGCACAAUCUCGGCUCACCGCAACCUCCGCCUCUUGGGUUCAAGCAAUUCUCCUGCCUCAGCCUCCCGAGUAGCUGGGACUACAGGCGCGCACCACCAUGCCCAGCUAAUUUUUGUGUUUUUAGUAGAGACGGGGUUUCACCUUGUUGACCAGGAUGAUCUCAAUCUCUUGACCUCGUGGUCCACCCGCCUCAGCAUUCCAAAGUGCUGGGAUUAUAGGCAUGAGCCACUGAGCCCCGCCCUGCUCUCCUUCUUAUUUUGUGCUGACCUGGGAGUAGGGGUCUGUCCCUGGCCUCCCUGGUAGAUUUUGUACACAUAUUUUGCUACUGUGUGGAUCCAUUUAUUUUUUAUUGUGGAGUGUAUACAACACAUUGUGAACUGGC